AUGACACCGUCAACCAAAGCUCGCCACUAUGAUACCGUUAUCAUUGGCGCGGGCAUGUCUGGUCUUGCGUGCGCCUCAAGGUUGUAUCAGCAUCCGAACUUCAGGCAGGCAGGCUCACUGCUAGUGCUGGAAGGCCGUGAUCGCAUUGGUGGCCGCAUAGGCUCCGUUCAUGUCAAGGGGUGCCGUCUCGACACCGGAGCCAAUUGGAUACAUGGCACCGGGACUGAAGAGAAGCCAAAUCCGCUCGUGAGCAUUUUGCCGCACAAGCGGUAUCGCAGCCUAGCUGGCACGGUAUCCUUCAGACGAGCGGACGACGCCGCAGCUUCCGACCACGAGCAAGAUGGAGGGUGGGUGGAUGUCAGAGCGGCUAACUCACCUUCCCAACAGCCGCCAACGGAUCUCGUAAUACCUGCCGAGACGUCGGGUAUGAUGGCAGGUGCACUGUGGGGCAUGAUAGGCUCACUACGCGGUCAAGCUGAACGUACUUCGGCGGCCAAGGCCAAAGCCACUUCUAUGUUACGGGCCAUUAUCGACUCGGAGGAGCGCAAAAACGCAUACAAAGACGUACCGAAGAAGUACCACAGUAGCUUCGGUUGUAUGCCGCAAUUUGUCGAAGGCAUGGAAGCUGCACCGCUGGUUGCUCAGUCUGCAGAACACCCGGAAGCGCAGCCUGGAGUCAGCUUGCUGGAGUACGCGCUGGAAGACUUCGAAGGAUCGCAAGUUUUUCUGCAGGAUGGUUACACAGCUGUCAUUGACGAGAUCGCAAAAGAUCUCGCCAACAAUGGAGUCAUCGAGCUAAAUACGGAGGUGCAAAGCCUCGAUUGGCAGCACGAAUCUGUAGUGAUCAAGACUACCACUGGCAUUUAUACCGCACGGCAGGUCGUUUGUACACUACCUUUGGGCGUGUUGCAGCACCACCAGAAGCAACAUUCUUCCGAAAGCCCACUCUUCAAGCCCGCACUUCCAAUUGAAAUGCAAGAAGCGGUUUCCAAGCUCGGUUUCGGCACCCUAGACAAAAUAUUCCUCGUCUUCGACAAACCAUGGUGGGCAGACGAGCCUUAUGCCUCUAUUCUUAAGAAGGGUUUAUACAAGCGGCCCUUUGAUGACGAGGCCAAUGACAGCGAAGAGAGCGGUACCAAACCCCCCGACAAUCUCAUGUGCUUCACAGACGAGCUUGCCGGAGUCGAGAUUCAUGCAGACGGCACAGUGACGGCAGGCGCCAGAGUGCUGUUUAUUGUCAACCUCCACAAUCUCACGGGCUUCCCUGUACUCUCCGCCUUCGUGUCUUGUGCAAAUGCUCGUCAUGUCGAGGCACUAAGCGACGACCAAGCAGCUGGGAUCCUGCAUCGAUCACUUACGGUCAGCCUUGGUAUUGAGCCGCCGAAGCCUGCCGCCGUGCAUGUCACACGGUGGGCGCAAGAUCCGUUUUCGUAUGGAAGCUAUAGCCAUAUGAUUACAGGUUUGACCGACGCGGAGCACCGUGACGUGUUCAAGCAGCCUGUUGUCAGCGAGAAGGGUGCUGUGUUGAGGUUUGCUGGGGAGCAUACCAGUCGCAAUCAUUUCGCUACAGUGCAUGGGGCGUUGCUGAGCGGAUGGCGGGAGGCAGAUGCUAUCCUUGCACAGACCUAA